CUGACUGUGAAAUGCCUGAAGAAGUUCGCCGACAGGAGUUUGGCCGGCCUGCACGGCGAAUAUCCUUACCUUCCUGUGUCAGUAACUAACUAGCAACUACCAUGUCUAGCCGAGGAACAGAGGGUCGAAUCCAUGGCCGUCGUCUUAUCGUGCUCUCCUUCAGGGCAUUGUGCGGAGAGCCAGAGUUUGGAUGUACGAGCUGAGGUCCGGGGGGUGAUGAGUCGUAUAACUACAGCUGAAUGACAUACAUAUACGCCGGACUCAGCAAGUGGUCAUCUACGUUUUGAAACCAUACUCGAAACUAUCACCGCAACCAAGCCCUAACUAUUCCUGGAUUGCUGAAAUGAACAGGAUACUGAAGAAGCUGGAGAUCGAGCAUGAAGGAGGUACGCUGCCAGACCCCUGGAUCAACUUCGACAUCAAGCCCAUCGAGGCUGGACGGAGGACAUGGUCGGCAUGGACUUUCACCACCUACUGGGUUCUCAUAAACUCCAACAUCUCCUCAUACAUGACCGGCAGCUCCCUGAUCGCCCUGGGACUACCUUGGUGGCAGGCCAUCAUCGCCAUCGUCAUUGGUAAUCUGCUAGCGGCUGUCUUUGUCGUGCUCAACUCCCUACCAGGAGCAUACUACCACCUCGGCUUCCCAGUCGUCAACAGAUAUGUCUGGGGGAUGUACGGUAGCCAGUUUGUCAUCUGGAAUCGUAUCUUCUUGUCUAUCGGUAUGUUCCUUUGCUUAUUUUGUAAAUAUAUUAACUAACAGUGUUUCAGUAUGGUGAGUUUAUUCUGCGGAUGUAUGAAGAGGUGCCGGCUAACCAAUGUAGGUACGGCUUCCAAGCAUACAUCGGAGGACAGUGUGUCUACGUCUGUCUCAAGGCAAUAUGGCCGUCUCUCGAGCAGCGUAUACCAAACCACCUCUCCCCUUCAACAGGGAUUACUACCGCCCAGUUCGUUAGCUACAUUAUCUUCAUGGUCAUCUCUCUUCCAGUUGCAUACAUCCGGCCGCACAACCUGCGGAUGUUCUUCUACAUCUCCGCAUCUGUCAUUGUCGUUUUUGAAUUCGUCCUUCUCGUCUGGGCGUUGGCCACCAUGGGCCCUGCAGGGUUUGGCUCCACAAUCUCAGGCGGAGGGCCAGGGGAGCCAGUCAAGGAUGCUGGCUGGCUUGUUGUGUUUGGUAUCAUCAGUACAAUUGGCGCCAUAUCCGCCGGAAUCCUUAACCAAAAUGACUAUGCUAGGUUUGCAAGGAAGCCCAGAGACGCUAUUCUCGGACAGGUCAUCAGCUUCCCAAUUUUCAGCAUCAUUUGCUCUGUCAUCGGCGUGCUCGUCACUGCCGCAACGCAGAAGAGGUUUGGUGAAGCACACUGGGACCUACCGUCUCUCAUUGGAGCGAUCAUCGACCACGGAGGAUCCAGAUCGAGAGCUGCUGCAUUCUUCGCAGGUGGUGCUCUCGUCAUUUCUCAGAUCGGCGUCAACAUCCCUGGAAACGCUCUUUCGGGAGGUAAUGUCAACCAUCCCGGCUGCUCAUCAAAAAUCCUAAUUUAACUAACCUAUGUAUUCAUUGCUGAACUAGGCUUCGACCUCGCGGCGACAUUCCCCAAAUACAUCAACAUCCGGCGCGGCGCAUACAUUACUAUCGCCCUCUCUAUAGCUUGUAACCCGUGGAAACUCGUUUCCACAGCCACUAUAUUCCUCAGCGUGCUGAGCAGUUACGCUGUGUUUCUGGGCCCAAUGACCGGCCUCAUGAUCUCGGCCUGGUUCAUCGUUCACAGACGGAAGCUCAAGGUCGAGGACCUCUACACCGGCAACCGCGCCAGUAUCUACUGGUUUAGCCACGGGUUCAACUGGCGUGCUUUCAUUGCAGUAAGAUACACCGUUAUCUCAAACACCUGCUCACGCCUCGUAUUCAUUAGUUAAUGGAUUGUUUCCAGUGGAUAUGCGGAACCGUUCCAUCCCUGCCGGGCUUUAUUGCAACGGUCAACACGGAUGUCCAUGUCCCCGUUGGCUUCACCCGUAUCUACAAGCUCUGUUUCCUGGUCGGUUUCCUAAUCAGUGCAUUCGUAUAUAGCGGGAUGCAUCUGCUUGUUCCCGACAUGAAGCUGCAGGAGUAUGUUUCGACCGCUGCUUCAUCUGCAGUCUUGAUACGGGAUUAUCGAGACAGCAUCGACAGAGGGCAGGACCUUGUCGAAAACAAGAUUUUGUCCGAUGCAUAGACUUGUCUAUCGCCAUUCAUAAUGGUCCGUUGGCGAAUUUUCUCCUUGUCACGAACAAUUUGUAUAUUUUCAUCGUCAUCUUUUGAUGUUUAAUGAAUUUUUAUCUUUUUUAUUUUAAUUUUUCAU